GCAGUUUACAGGGAAGGGCUGUGUUACUGUUUACGGAGGUUUCAGCUGAAGAGCAGCUUCAAAGGUCAAAGAUGAUAAAUGAGACCUGGGAAGUCGGCCUGUGAUACUGUUUGAGUUCCACAAAAGCAGAGGAGCCUCCAAAGUGUUCAACAGGUUGAAGGCUCUGCAAGACAAGCAGUUGAAGUGAUAAUCAACACAGCUGAAUUACAAGGCCAGAGCUGCUGUUAUCCACAUAACAGAGGCCUAGGUUAACAUCGGAGGUAUAUGAGACCUGGGCAGUCAGCCUGUGGUGCCAGUUGAGCCCAAGAAAGUUGGUGCAGCCACACAAGUACCCAGCAGGGUGAAGUCUCCUUGAAGGGAGUAUCAACUGUGUGGGAUUAUAGGGCCUGGACUCUACAGUCGAGGUGACAGAGGCACUUUCCACUAUUGUCCAAUUGCAACAGUGUGUUGGAGCAUCCUCAGGAAAUCGGGGUGGAGUACAGCCGGCCACACAAGCCAUAAACUCUUUCUAGUUCUAAGCUGAAGACUUGUAAGACUGCUGCUUUGGUUAGGACCUGAUUCUGUGUAGUGUCACAGACAGACAGGCAGACGCACAGACAGCCACCUACCUCAGGUUCUGAUAGUGACUUCUCAGCCCACAAAUCUAAAGCACAAUGGAUGCUGAAUAUGUCUUAUGUAAUUGGAGAGGCCAGAUGUGGCCAGCGAAAGUGUUAUCUAGGUCUAAAAUUUCAUCAGCUGAGGGAGAAAGUGCAUUGUACCUAGAAGUUCAGAUACUCUCACUAGAUGAAAGAGUAAAGGUAGAGAGCACAGGAACAAAGAUCCUAAAUAGAUCAGAAGUUGAAGCCAUUGUUUCCUCCAUAGCAGUACAGUCAGAGGUCAGUGCUCUACCUAGAGCGGAAACACCUUAUGGAAGAGCACUAAAAGAGGCGCUGGAUAUCCUGAAUAAGCAAACAAAUUUGAAUCAAUCAAGCAUAACAGAUGAAGAAGAGACUGCUGCAUACUCUGAAAAUGGAGACCAAGACCAGUCUUACUCACCACCUUGUAAAAGAUAUCGGAAGCAUGAAGAAGACUUAUCAAAAUGUCUUACGGAGAAUGAAGACCAAAAGUAUUUGUUAUUCUCCUCAGAGAGUGAUGAUUCUCUGCCUCAUGGCAAAGCAGAGGUACAGCCAAGUGUUGAUGCUAUACAAAAUGAUGUAGAAAUAAAGUCACCACAAAGCUUCAGCCAUUGCCAGACUUCCUCUUGGCUUUCAGAAGAUGACGAUAAAAAUGAGGACAAGAAACAAAUCUCAAUGCUGAUGGCUAAAAAUUCUACAGUGAAAGAGGAGAGUGAGUGGGUUAAAGAAGAAAAGUGUGUUCCAUUUUUGUCACUAGAUAUCCUCAGUGCAUCCAACGCUUCUAAAGUGGAAACACAAGACAUGAGCCCGAACACUCUGCCUGUUUGCUCUGAAGGUUCUACAUUCUCUGAGACUAUUGAAGACCCUGAAGAAGGUCCCUCAAAUCCAAAUCUAUGCUUAGAUGCCAGCCAGAAUCCACCUUGUGUGGAGUCAGAGGUAGAUACUGCCACAUUCCCUCCAGCUUGCUCAGGGGAAAGUGAGGCUUCAUGUAGCGCCCCUAACACUGUCAUAGAUUAUUCACAUCUUGUAAAUAAUGAAAGAAGUCUUCAGAGACUGGAGAUUGGGGAAUUUGAGGAAGAUGCUGAAGCUUCUGAUAAGGCACUGCCUCUAAAUCGUGCUAGUGCUUGUGCAUUAGAUGACAGAGAAGAAGAUGAAGAACUUCCUCGCUUUCUUUUACAUUAUGAGCCACGGGCAUUUGAAACAGGAAUGGUAGUCUGGUUUAAAUACAAAAAGUACCCCUUUUGGCCAGCAGUGAUAAAAAGCAUCAGGCAGAAAGAGAGAAAAGCAAGUGUGGUUUUCGUUGAGGCCAGCAUGAGUCCGGAAAAGAAAGGUGUUAGAGUUCUUUUCCGAAGAUUAAAGAAAUUUGAUUGUGAAGAAAAGAAAGACCUAGUGGAUAAAGCCAGGGAGCAGUACGGCGAAAGUAUUGACUGGUGCAUCUCACUGAUUUGUGACUACAGGGUUCGAAUAGGUUGUGGGUCUUUUUCAGGGUCUUUUCUUGAGUAUUAUGCUGCAGACAUUAGUUAUCCAGUGAGGAAAGUAAUCCAACACGAUACUCUAAGGUAUAGAUUUCCAAAGCUGCCUAGUGAAGAUACUGUGGAACAAAUGGUUGUGACUUCCCAGUCCAAGAAAAUGUCCUUCCAGAAAAUUCUCCCUGACCGCAUGAAGGCUGCUCGAGACCGAGCCAACAGAAAUCUGGUGGACUUCAUUGUGAAUGCAAAGGGCACAGAGAGUCAUCUUCUGGCCAUUCUAAAAGGCACAAAAGAAUCCAGAUGGCUGAAGUCAUUUUUACAUCCAAACAGGUGCACACCUUGUAUUGAAACCUAUUUUGAAGAUGAAGAUCAAAUAGAUGAGGUGGUGAACUAUUUGCAGGAAAUCUACAAGCAAAUCGACCAAAAGAUGUUAACACUGAUAAAAGAUGACAAAAUUAAUUUUAUCCUGGAAGUUCUUCUGCCCGAAGCAAUUAUUUGUUCCAUUUCUGCUGUUGAUGGAUUAGAUUAUGAGGCAGCUGAAGCAAAGUAUCUGAAAGGACCAUCUCUAGGCUACAGGGAAAGGGAGUUAUUUGAUUCGAAAAUCAUAUUUGAAAAGAGACGGAAACCAGUAACUAAUGAAGCGCAUUAGGCAUCUCAAGUUGAAACCUGUUGUGUUUUCACAGAUGAAAGCUUUCGUAGAUACUAGUUUUAAAGAAUCUGUAGCAGUUCUUUCUACCAUAUUAAUAUUCCUGACAGUGGGAGCCUUUGGCUAAUGCUUCCACCUGCUUUUAAUAUUGUCUACGACCUGCAGAUGGCACUAUAUUUUUAUUUUCUUGUGCUUCUUCAGACACAAUUUUGUUACAAUGUUUCAGCAGGUUUCCUUGAUCGUACCUUUCUACAUAGCAGAAUUCCUAAAUAAUGUUUAUUAAAGGAGAGUACUAUUUUAUUUGACGGUAUUUUUGUGUCUGUGCUAUAUAGCUGAAUAUGGUGUGCACAGUUAUUUUAAUACCGCAGUUGCACUUAUAAUGCAUUUUAAGUGAGAUAGUUUGAAAAGAAGUCCAAAAGAGACAGCACCUAUAUAUUUUUGCUUACUUUUUAUAAAACUAGUUUUCUUGUAAGGUAGUGGACUUAUCUUUCUUGCUAUGCCUAUUUAUUUUUGCAAAAAGUUUAUCCAAGACAUAGAACCAAAGAUAGGUAAGCUUUACUAUACAUUAUAACUAAAUGUAAUUGCCUUUUCAAUAACCUUAAAUUUCAAAAGCAAAGUAAGUUGAUUACCUUCAUGUAGUCUAUACUUAUGUGAAUAAGAUCUCAGCAUGCAAAGAGUAAUUUUGGCAGUUUUCACCAAAAUUGUUUAUUCUGUAUUGCCCUGAAAUUGCAUUUUGGGGGAGCAUUUAUUCUCUCAGGGCUAAGUACUUUCUUAAAACAGGAUUCUUUCUGCUAUCUUCAUAAUUACCAAUGAGUAUAUCUUAAUGUAACUGUCUGACCAAAUAGAGAAGGCAGUGACAGUCAUAUUACUGGUAGGCUGUCCAGUCUAUAGGUGUGGCUCACUGCUGAAGAGCCUGUCCAGUUUUAUAUAGACUAUAGAAAAUACAAGCAGCAUGGUGAGACUCAUCUCGUUAUAUGUAGUCUUAUGUCUCAAAUGAAGGAUGCUUUACUGUGGGGGUUAUGUGUAGUAUAUUUUCAGUUCUCAGUCUUGUAAAUUACAACUGAUAAGUCAUUCCAAACUACUAGAAAGGGUAAAGGACCAGUAUCUGGGAAUACGGACAUUUGUCACUGAAGAAGAUCUCUAUUGUUUAAAUAUGACAAUUAUUCCUAUGUAGUUAAAUGUGCAGAAUUAAAAGCUAACACCAAUGACUUGUUUACUGUAACACGAAAUGCAACUUUUGUGAGACUAAACCUUAAAAAAGGUAUUUUUAAACAUGAUGUGAACAGAAGUGCUGAAGGCUAAACAAGAAGCUGUCUGCAUUUUACUUCUCAGAAUGAAACACCUGUCACUCCUGGGCUCUUGGUAUACAUCUACAAAGCAGUUUGUUCAUGUAAAAUGUGCAGAUUUUACUAUCUUGAAUUAUA